AUGAUAAAGAUACUCAUUAUCAAGCGCCUAGUGCAUGUGGGAGAAGAGGUAUAUACAUCCCUUUCUUCUCUCCACUUCUCUUUCCUUUUCUCCGCGCAAAAUAUGUCGCCUCCUCUUUUGACACUAAACACCGCGCUAUCGAUUCAAUGAGUGCGCGCGUGUUCUUGUGUUUUUCAGGAUAACAUAGCACUAAUUUGAUGUUCUUUUUGGAUAGCUUUCGAAGAAUGAUAAUAACGACGAUCAUGAUAAAACAAUAACUAGCGCAACCAAGAAAAAAAGGUAUAUAAGCCUCCUUUCUACCCUUAAACUUCUGUUUCUUUUUCUCUCCACGGCACUGUCUUCUUUGCCUUUUGACUAAAAGUCAUGUCGGCCUACCCCAUGGGCGCACGAGUGCGUGCGUGCGUUUCCAACAUGUAGUCAUAUAGACCAGGGUUUUUUUUCUUUCGAAUUAGUUGAUAGGCGAUGAUAAUAAUGGUGGUUGUCAUGAAGCAGUGACUAGUGUGCGCAGAAGAUGAGGUAUAUAAACCCUCUUUUUCUUUUCUUUAUACUAUCGUCUUCUUCUCUACGAAGCACACGUUAUCUCCUUUGUGCAACUAAAAUAUCCGACGUCCUGUUGAUGGGAGGGAAGUGAGUGGGUGUGUGUGUGUAUUCAAAGGACUUCCUUAUGUGCACAAGAUUCGAGACUCUGGCGGGGUAAAU